AUAGGCACUGUAAAGUUUAGAUAUGACAAGCAUGUGCUAGGCAGAGAAGUGCAUUUUUAAUUUAAUUAUAAUUAAUAACCGGGAGCUUGACCGUGAGUGUGACUUUAUUACACAAGUAAAGGUGGAGAAACAAAAAGUUUCAUAUUAAAAAAAAAACAUAAAAUUCAUAGCAUCCGAAAUUUGUGAAGAAUUCAACGCUGAGAAAUGUGAGAAAACCCCAAAGUACAGAAAGAAGUGUAAUUAAAAUUGUGCAGUUCCACGUAAUUAAUAAUUUGCACCGAGUACAGUCAGUGUCCGUAACGUAUAACGAGUAAGCCAGAAACGCCACCAUCGCAAAGGAAAGGGGAAUAUUGUUGGUUUUUUCCUUCGUCGCUUCGGUAGCGUUCAUUAUUGUGACUGGCAGAAGGUAGCAGCAAGUGCAAAGGAAAAUUUGGCACCGAGGCGUGAAUGUGCGAAAAUUGGCGCCUCUGGCAGCAACAGCAGUAGCAACAAGUGCGCAGAAGACCGACGACGACAGCGAAGUUGUGUGAAAAGUGCGGGGGUCGGUGAGAACUGCCCAAUUUGUGGAUUAAAUCGACACUAAAACUGUGCGUGAGCGGACAAAGACUCAAUGGAGCGUCACAAGCCACAAAAGCCACUUGACCACCCAAACCCCUGACCGGAACAGCGCCCAUUGUCGAAAAACCCGCAGUCGUCCCCUGUUCGAAAGAACUUGACCGGUAAUGGACCGCAAGAAUGGAACAAAGAUUCUGCCUGCACCACCACCACCAGCAACGACCAAAGGAUCCCCAGGAUCAGCCGCAGCACCGACAACAACGCGUCGAAAACUGGCCGUCAAAACAAACACCCCGCCGGCAAGUAGCCAAGCGCCUCUGCAGCCAAAGGGAAAAGCAGCCCAGUCGCCGCAACAAGGAGCGAGAUUGGGCCAAGCCAGUAGUGACGGCAGCAAUAGCAACUAUAACAACAACUGCAGCAGCACGUCGAAGAUGGAAAACGCGAUGCAAGCUACAUUUGCUUCCGUUCAUCGUCCUCGGCAGAUAAGCACCAUGACGGCCAUCAAACGGACAGGUUCCAACUCGGGUGCCAGAGCGGAUCUUGUGCUACUGCAGCAACAAAAAUAUGCCGGCAUGGGGGGACUUCACUUUCGCCAAGACUUGGCCGCAGCCGUCAUCCCAUCAGGAACGGGAAAGCCUCAUUCAAUGAGUGAAAACAAUGCCGGAAUAUUUAAUCAACCUGCUUUGCUUCCGCUGCCCGUUCAAAUACCUGAUCCAUAUGCUAAUUCAGCGUCAGCAUUCUACGGGCAGGCUCCUCCAACUCAGAGGCAUUCCAGUCAGUUGCAAAACCAGCAGCAGCCACUACAAUUUGAUAUGGCACUAUCACAAAAGGCUGAUUAUCUACAGCAGCCGAAGCAUCAACCAAGCGGCAGCGUGAAGUAUGGUGGCGUAAAUCAAAAACACUCACCGGCCAUGUCCAAUCAGACGGGCCCGACAUCGGUUGUGACCCGACUGCCAAAGCAGCAGCAACCGACCAGCAAAAUGGUACCCAAAUCGUUGAAUGACAUUUACGAGAAGCACUUGUUGAGUCAAACGCAGUUUGAUUCUAGCGGUGGCUCCGGACCAUCGAACAGUCUGGUACCGAAAGAGACCACCUCCGUCCAUCGAAUGAAAUCAUCAUUGGCGACGACCAUCAGCGGCCAACAGGCGCCACCGUCAAAUCAGACCAAUAAAUUGUCCAAAGACCACAACAGCCCGGUUAAUUUAUACGAAUCGAUUCGCGGCAAUUAUCAUAUCUACGAAAAAAUUGAUCCCACCACCAGCAGCGGCAGUAGCGCGGCAGCGCCACCACCCAAACGCAACUCCCGACUAGAGCACUACGUGAGGCCUCCACCUCCAUUACAACCGCGUCCAAAGUCACUUCCGGUUGGAGCCAGCCUCCCGUCGACUGUUCAACGCAACCAAGCUCCAUCCAGCAACAGCAACAACAUCAACAACAUUCCAUUCAAACUCACCAGCCCGGAUAUGCUGCGGACCAUGAAGAGUCCUAUCGGUAGCGGACCGGGUCUUUCGCCGAUUUCGGAGAAGCCACCGUUUUCGGCCAUUCCGGUGUACGGUGGUGGUGCAGCCCAUAAAUCAGUCAUUACGGCGGACAAGAUCAACAUUGCUCUGGAGACGGCGAAAGCGCUUGCAACGGCAGCGUACAUCGAGAGGUGAGUUCU